AUGAGUGAUGAUAUUCUAGCAAGACUACGUAGAGAAAAUCAAGAUAUGAAUAUUACAUUCAACGAUAAUAUUUAUAAUGAAGCUUUGAUAAUUUUAGAAGAUCGAUGUUUCGCAAUAUGUAAUCAAACUUUAGUUACUCUCGGAGUGCAAUCUCCUAAAAGAAACGAAUUAAGCGUGACUAAUUCUGAAUUAUCAAAAGAACUUAAUUAUAAUAAAGAUGAAUUGCAACGUUACAUUGAAGAAAAUGAACCAAAAUUAACACGAACACAACGAAUAGUAUAUAACACAAUAAUAAAUCGUAUUGAGACGAAUGCAGGAGGAAUAAUCUUUUUAGAUGCACCCGGAGGUACUGGAAAAACUUUCCUCAUUAAUUUGGUCCUAGCUACAAUUCGGGUGAAAAAUGAAAUAGCAUUAGCAUUGGCAUCCUCUGGAAUUGCCGCGACAUUAAUGGAAGGUGGAAAAACGGCACAUUCUACACUAAAUUUGCCAUUAAAUGUAGCUGAACAAGAAUUCCCAGUCUGUAAUAUCACAAAAUUUUCUGUACGUGGCCAAAUUUUAAUAAGAUGCAAACUUAUAAUAUGGGAUGAGUGCACGAUGGCUCAUCGAAAAUCACUGGAAGCGCUGGAUAGAACAUUACAGGAUCUUCGGAAAAAUACAAAACUAAUGGGAGAUGCUUUAUUGCUACUAUCAGGGGAUUUUAGACAAACGUUACCAGUUAUUCCAAAAUCAACACCAGCUGACGAAAUAAAUGCAUGUUUAAAGCGAUCAAUUUUUUGGAACAAUGUUGAAAAGUUAUCACUGACAGAAAAUAUGCGAGCGUUAAUUACUGGAGAUCCAAAAGCACAAGAGUUUGCCGACAAUCUUUUGAAAAUUGGGAAUGGCACCUACCCACUAGAUCCACAGUCUGGUAAAAUAAUUUUAACUGAAGAGAUAUGUCAUGUGGUCUACCACAUGACAUAUCUCUUCAGUAUAAGUGAUAUGCAUAAGGUGUUUUUAACACCUUAUAGACAAAAUUUAUCCAUCCAUACAACAAAAUUAUUUAAAUAA